UAAGAGGGCGAAGGAAUGCAUCAAUGGCGGAGGAGGUUGGAGCGCAGUGACUAGAUAACUGCAAGCGAGAAGAGAGCGAGAGGGUCUGGGAAGCCAAGCUCAACUUUUUCCACCUCUUUCUUUCGGUACAUCGAGCAGAUUCGAAUCGAUAAGGAGUUUACCGGCGGAUCGAGUUGGAGAAAAAUGGCGAAGCGGACGAGCGGAUGCUUCCUCCUUUGUCUCCUCUUUUCAGGUCAAGUUAUCCAAAUUCUUGGCAUCACAGUAGGUAUCAAUUAUGGGCAAAUUGCCAACAAUCUUCCUUCCCCAAAUCGAGUUGCAAGCCUACUACGUUCCCUCAACAUCAGCAGAGUAAAGCUGUAUGACGCUGAUCAGAACGUUCUUAGUGCGUUCAUCAAUACUGACAUCGAGUUUGUAAUAGGAAUUGGCAACGAGAAUGUGUCAACAAUGACUGAUCCAGCAAAAGCACUUGGAUGGCUCCAACAGCAUGUCCUGCCUCACCUUCCUUUUACUAAGAUCACCUGCAUAACCGUUGGAAAUGAAAUCUUCAAAGGAAAUGAUACUGUUCUGAUGGCAAAUCUUCUGCCGGCCAUGCAAUCAGUUUACCGUGGCUUGGUUUCUCUUGGAUUGGAUAAAAAGGUAAAUGUCACCAGUGCUCAUUCCCUUGACAUGUUAGGGAACUCUUACCCUCCUUCAGCAGGCUCAUUCAAACAAGACCUAGCAGUUUAUAUCCAGCCAAUUCUUAACUUCCAUUCAAUGACAAAAUCACCCUUCCUCAUCAAUGCCUACCCUUAUUUUGCAUACAAAGAAAACGCUGGAACUGUCUCCUUAGACUAUGUCCUCUUUGAACCCAAUGCAGGAGUUACCGAUGCACUCACAAAUCUGAACUAUGACAACAUGCUAUAUGCACAGAUUGAUGCGGUUUAUGCUGCUGUCAGAGCAUGGGGAUACCCUGAUAUUGAAGUCCGGAUUUCUGAGACUGGAUGGCCUUCUAGAGGGGACUCCGAAGAGAUAGGAGCGACACCAGAAAAUGCUGCGAAGUACAAUGGUAAUUUGCUACAGAGGAUAGCCAUGAAACAGGGAACUCCAAUGAAUCCUUAUGUUCCUGUAGAUGUAUACGUCUUUGCAUUGUUUAAUGAAGACUUGAAGCCCGGGCCAACUUCUGAAAGAAACUACGGACUAUUUUAUCCUGAUGGCACUCCUGUUUAUAAUAUCGGUUUGCAUGGAUAUCUUCCACCUAUGUUAUCUUCGAGUUUCAAGAUGGUGCCAGCUUUGAGCACUCUGGGAAUUGCCAUUGUAAUUUUGCUCCUAGCCUGACAGAUAUCUCUACGACGUCAACAGAAGUGGAUCGAUAAGUGGAAGAGCUUGUUGACACUGACUGAACACACACGAAUCGGAUUUGAUGUCUUCCAUGGCGAUGUCGGCAACAAUGCAAUUAAAAUUGCAAUCAUUGGAGAUGGGAUGCAGCUGAUUAGCAUUUCAUAUAAGUGGGAGCUCUCAUGGUGCCUAAAUGGCAUGUGGAACGUUGCUAUGUGUGCUCCACAGCACUGAAAGUUUCUUUUUGCAUGGAACAUGAUUCUGUUCUAAUAAUCCCUUAAAGCCUCUCGCCCUCAUUAAAGAUAUUCUUUUCUUUUCUUUUUUGUUCUUGGAUUUUAUCAAUUUAUUCUUCUCUUGUUCUAGUUAUUCUGAAAAAAAAGAUCAGAGAGGACUAAUUCAUCACAAGGCAAAUGUGAAAGUGUAUACAUGGUGGUAUCUUGCUGUGC